UGCUACUCCCCAAACAUUCAUAAUAAUCUUUCAAGGCCUAACUGUUUUACUAUGUGUCAAGUUUUCAACCUUGACCUCAAAUUUUACGACAACAACAUAUUCAGCCAUGGUUGUCUUCCGGCCGGACCCCUGUGGCAUAUUUUGUCUGAUGUUGACGUAUUCAGCCGUUGGAUAUGCAGACUAUGUAGUUGUGAGGCAUCUUGUGAUACCAACGAUGUCACAGACAUUAUGGGGUGCCCUGAACACAGUUAUAUUCAACAUCAUUGUUUUCCUGAUUGGCUUUUCACACUUAAGAGCAGUGUUCUCAGACCCAGGAUGUGUCCCUCUCCCAAAGACGAAUCUCGAUUUCUCUGGAGUACAUGCGGGAGAAGUAAAAAGAGAAAAAGAAGCUGACGGCUGGACAGUAUGUAUGAAGUGUGAAACAUACAGACCCCCAAGGGCCCACCAUUGUAGAAUAUGUCGACGCUGUGUUCGCAAGAUGGACCACCAUUGUCCAUGGAUAAACAAUUGUGUUGGCGAGUUCAACCAGAAAUUUUUUAUACAAUUCCUUUUUUACGUAGGACUAGCUAGUAUACAUGCCAUAGUGUUAGUGAUAGUCUCCUGGAUAGUAGAUCCUGACAGUAUACAUUAUGAAUCAAAACAUAGUAGAAUAAUGCACACAGUCAUCUUGGUAGUAGAAUCAAUAUUGUUUGGAAUAUUUGUACUUGCGAUAGGUUGUGAUCAGUUCCAGGCGAUAUUACAAGAUGAAACAGCAGUAGAACAAAUACAGAGAAGGGGUCCUCACAGACAACAGAGAGCUACUAGGACACUAUUAGCAGAGGUCUUUGGUCGAGGUCCACCUUCUUUAUGGUUGUGUCCUUUUGAGUUCCAACCUCCGAACACUGAGCUAAAUAUGUAUGAAGUCUAGGAUAUACCUCUGUUAUAAGUUGUACAUUACAUGUACUGGAGAUGUGAUGUAGUGAUGCAGGAUUAUAUGAUGUCACUGUGCAGGAUUUGUGAUGUUUAUACAAUGCAGUUUUGUGAUGCAUAGUGCAGGAUUUCUGAUGUU